CCAUGGCGAAUCAGAUGGAGAUAUCACAUUGAUUAUGUAUGAACGCAGAAUUCUGGGUGAUGUGAAUUCCCCAAUAUUUGUCAAGCAGACGAAGAAUUCGGAACGUGGUGGCAUCUCCAGUAUAAAAUUUCUGAGUUACUUUAUUUUAUCGGUAGCUCUUGAACUAUAUAAACUGAUACAAGCAAUAUUUAAACGAGCCAAUGCAACCCCAACAUCAUAUGCAAAAUCGGACUCCGAUGCCACAAUUUUAAUGAAGAUCUUUCUUAAACAUGGAGCUGAUCCUUCGCAAGGGUUACCAUAUGAGCAAUUUAAUAUGCUGAAGAGGCUAAAGGCAAGAAAAUCGAAUAUAUCAAAUUUAGCAGGAUCCAUUAAAACGUCACAUAAAAGUAUCUCGCGUCAAAUCGGCAGCAAGCAUGUGAAAGCCGAGAAGGUCAAGGAAGAGAUGAAAAUUUAUGCAAAGGACAAGUGGGUGAUACCGCUAAACAUUGCGGCUGUCAGUGGUAAUAUUGAGAUUGUGAAGAUAUUACUGUCAAGAAUGGAUAGAUCGAAUAUUGCAAGUAGUUCAUUCUGCCUGUCUAUGCAACAUGAUAUAAUGCUUACGUUGGACCUCGUUCAUGCGGGGGCCAACGUCAACCAACAGGACCUUAGGUUUGAUCCGUUUAAUAUUAGUCACGAUCGAGCGGUCAUUGAUACUCUGGAAGCAGAUGCCAAUGCAAAGGGUGAAAACGAUUGGACCCCACUGUAUGAAGCAAUUAGCCAGAAGCACAUUAAUGUUUGUCAAAUUCUAGUUGUGGUGGGAACAAACGUUGAAUUAAAGGAUAAAUCUGGGAAGACCGUUCGUGACCUAGGAUUGUUGUGUGAUUCAACAGGUGUACCUAACCUACAGAAGAACAAGCAAAACGGAUACAUACUGGGUUCAAAAGCUACACAACCGAAUGAAAAAAUCUCUACAAAUUCAACGAACCACAAAACCAAACCAUUUUUCAAAAAAUCAUAUCACAAUUUUUCCGUGUUGCUAAAGGCCGGCGAUCACAUCGAAAGCAAGUCACCGAAUACAAAAUGUUGA